AUGGACGAACGCGACGAGUUGGUGACGGACGGCGGAGGGAUCGACGUGCAGUUUUCGGACGUGUCGUACUCCGUUACCGUCUGGACGCCCGGCAGGAUAUUCGGUCCGGAUAAAAAACAGAUUUUAAAAAAUGUCAGCGGCACAUUCCAUAAGAAACAAGCGUGUGCCAUAAUUGGAUGUUCUGGAUCUGGCAAGUCUUCGCUGUUGAAUUUCAUUUCUGGUUACAAGACAUGUGGUUACAGAGGAGAUAUAAUUAUUAACGGACAGCCUCGCAAUCGAAAACAAUUCAUGAAACAAUUGAGUUAUAUAAUGCAAGAUGAUAAUUUACAACCACACCUUACUGUAUUGGAAUCAAUGGAAAUAGCUUCUAAACUUAGAAACUGUACCAUACAACUUGAUGUCUACCAUAAAAUCUUAAUCAAAAGAAUAUUGGAUAAUUUGAAGUUGUCAGAAAAAGAAAACACUUUGGCAGGAAAAUUAUCUGGGGGCGAGCGUCGACGACUCUCUAUUGCUGUAGAACUGAUACGUAAUCCAAAAGUGAUGUUUUUCGAUGAACCAACAACAGGUUUAGAUGUGGUAUCCGCAAAUUAUGUGGUGUCCAUGCUAAGAGACCUUGCCAAUUGCGGUAAGACAAUUAUAUGCACUAUUCAUCAGGCAUCUGCUUCCCAAUUGGAAAUGUUUAAUGCGUUAUACAUAUUAUCGCCCACUGGUCAGUGCAUUUACCGUGGACAGUCAUCAAGUCUUAUAAGUUAUUUAUCAUCUGUUGGUCUCCACUGUCCCUUACAUCAUAAUCCUGCAGAUUUCGUCAUUGAAGUGAGUUCUGGAGAGUACGGUGAUCACAACGAAACGCUUGUCAAAUAUAUUAACAACGGAAAAUCAAAUGACUGGAACAAUGACAAAAGUAUUGAAAACUCAGAUGUUCAAACGCAAAACCAUCGUUCUAAUUAUUCACAACAUAUAUGCAUCUCAAAGUUUUUCAAUGAACUUCGAAUACUUAUUAAUAGAACGUUAAUCAUCUCAUCUAGAGACAGUGACUUCAUCAGAGUAAGAAUAUUUGUACCUCUCUUAAUGAGUUUACUGUUUGGUUCAGUAUAUUUAAAUAUUGGAAAAAGUGGUUCGUUCACACGUGAUAAUGUUAUAAUGUUAUACUUCAGUAUGAUGGCCAUUGUUUACUUAUCUGCCUAUUCAAUGUCUAUAAAAUUUCCAAUGGAGUUGUUACUUAUGCGAUUAGAAUAUUUCAACCAAUGGUAUUCACUUCGUUCAUAUUACACGUGUGUGACAUUAAUGGAUCUACCUUUACAGAUUAUAUCCACGGGUUUAUUUUGUAUCGUAAUCUAUUUAAUGACUGGACAACCAUUUGAAUUAUUCAGAUUUUCAAUGGUUUUUUUAAUGUUGAUUGUAACUGGCUUAAUGUCUCAAGCAACAGGAAUGUUGGUCGCAAUUUUGUUUAAGAAUUUCCUUAUAAAUACUAUUGUUAUAUCUUCAAUUAUAUUACCAAUGACAAUAUUUGCGGGCAUUAUGUUACGUAUUAAUGACACACCAAAAAUAUAUAGUUGGAUUUAUGAUGUUUCUAUGCUGAAACAUUCAAUGCAAGGUAUUUUGCAUGCUAUAUAUGGUUUCAAACGAUCUGCGUUGCCAUGCCCAGAAAUUUAUUGUUAUAAUGGCUCACCAGAAUUAGUUCUCAAGGAUGUAAAUAUGAGCGAUAACAUAUUUUGGACUAGCGUUGGAUACAUCACUGCAGUAUUUUUAUUCCUUAAAAUUUGUACUUAUGUUGUUUUAAAACAUAAACUUUCCUGA